ACCCGAUCCCCCUGCGUCGUUGGACCCUUCUUCCAAGAGUUUCACAGCCUGACAAGCACAUGCCUUCAUGAGGUACCCACCGCACACAAGGUUCCGCAAUACACAUAGUCGGGUCACACAAACUUACCCGACAUGGCUUCCUAUAAGUCACAGUAUGGUCCUCCAAGGAGAACAGAGGACAAUCCGCCCACCACACGGUUACCAAAACGAUCUAUCACACCUAUUACUAUCACAUCUCAGCUACCCACUAGCAGUAGCCAGUCCAAGCUGCAGAAGAGGAGGCCCUCGCGCGAUGAGCCAGCGCAGUCAGAAAGAGGAUUGUCGAAUCAGAAAGAGCUUGCGCGGAAAGUCAGCUCACGCCAGGCAUCUAGUACAGCCGCACCUUCCACCAUUCAAGCUCCAGGCUUCACAUCAUACAAGGCAAAGUUGACGAGCUCCUCAUCCCGACUCCCGAAGCUUGAAGUACCCGCGAACACUCGAACGCCCUCCCUUGUCUCAGGAUCGUCCGCAUCAACCGUAGAAAGUCCUCGUUCGAAUGUAUUGAGAAGGAAACAACCCAGUGUCGGGUUUGCAAGCAAUCGACACGCUUUAAGAACUCGAGACGACUCGAUGUCCUCUCAGGAGGGCGUCCAACAAGCCGAGGGCAACCCAGGGGGCUUCAAGGACCCUUUCACUGAGUCUGUUUUUGGGAUCUCUCUACCGCCCUCCUCCACGAUUCUAGCCCGUUCAGAGCGGGAGCUCGAGUCUCCGCAAAAUGGUCUAUACGACGAUAUCGGUCCUUUGGAUAUCUACCCUAUUCCCACGCCUCAAUAUGCCGUCUCAGCGACCCCAUCAACACGUUACGCAGACUCUCCGGGCGCUUUCAGUAUUUCAUCAGCUGCGACUUCCAUGACCUCGUAUUCGCCGGCGACCGCUCUGUCGAAAUCUUCAUACAGUAGAGUCAGACAAGUGAGCCCAUUGGAGAGUCGUCCGCCUGUAAGCCGACAUAGGGCACCCGAAGAGCCCAGCAUUCGCACGACUCAUGGGCUAUCGACUGUUCGCGAGUCGUCAACAUCUUCCUCGUCCACAUCCACCGUUGUAGCUGACACGGGGAAGGCAGAUCUGGCGAAGAAGCAAUUGCCUGCUGUACCUCAAAGCCCACCAGUGCUCAAGCCAACUCCGACAGUGCAGACAAAGCCUCGAGUCCAACCCGUGCCGGAGCUUGCUCACUUGGCCGAUCCUUCUCCUGUAUCGCCGCCAAGCUCGAGACGACCAUCAAGGCCAAGCAGAGAUGGAACACCCGAAAUCCAUGGGCUGCGAGACCCAUCACCAAUCAUCCAGAGCAACAUGGCCAGCUUUCCCACUCACCAUAGACGCACGAGCUCUACAGACUCGAAGUUUGGAUCCCUUUCUGCUGCAAGGUCUCGUAUGGCCGUUCCGGUUAAGGCUUCCUCACGUAACCCUUCACCAGUUCCCACGUCUAGCAUUCCUUCCACAUCCAGCGCACUUAGACAUGGAACAACGCCUGAUAAUCAGAAAGAGCGCGACACACGACGCUCCAGUACAUUACCUGCUCCAGCCCCAGCUCCUAGCCCCAGUAAAAGGUUCGGCUUCUUCUCUCGACGUACGAAGACCGACCCAGCUCCGCACCCUAGCAAAUCAGAGAGCAAGCUUGUGCGUAAAGGACCAGCGGCAGGGACUGGUCAUGAGGGAUACGGGAGACACGCAUAUCGGGGCAGGAGUAGCAGCUCGAUAGGCGCAAGUAUUGGACGAUCGGCCAGCGCAGGCACGACAUCUGAGAGCUUGACCCAGACUCUCUCGACUCGCAAGAGCAGUAUAACCAGUACAAAUAGCGGCGAGAUGGAUGAUUUCUUCCUGAAUAGAUUAACACCAGUGAUCCUGCGAGGAGCCGGUAGCAGUUCAGAGCUGACUCGCAGUUCAGAGCUGACUCGCAGCCCAGAACCGAUGCACAGCAGUAGCAGUCUCGAUAUCUCAGCGCGUUCGAAACAACCUAUGGGCAACACGACAAGUGUCAGUGCUGAGCCUGUCAAUGACAAGAGUCGACCCAGGUUACUACCCUCAGCGAUGCCAAACACCACGCGCAGCGGAUCGCCAGCCAAAAAAGCGUCACGAACACCGUCGGAAAGCGAUGAUGACACGAAGAGGUCAUUCUUGCCUACCCUCGCAUCAAGGCGCACCUCGCGCACAGUGAAGCCUGUUGAGGGUGUACUCGGCCCACCGAGGCGCCGUAGUAUCUCCAAGUCGCGAAAGGACUCUGCGAAUGAUGAGGGCAGUUGGCUUCGGUCAUCGAAGAAGAGCAAGGCCGACAAAGAGAAGGAGCGACCCAAGCCGUCAAUGUGGAACUUUUUCUCACGUGCCCACGCAGCCCCCCGAGUCGAGACGCCUGCAGUUCAGGAAAUCAAUACCACAAGCCCAGGACCUGGCUCACGAUCCGUCGCGCACUACGCGCUCAUGGAUGCGCAGUCUAGCCUCAAUAUGGAGGAUAUUGAGCAGCUGAUCAAGGAAGUAGCAGGAAACACCGAUACGGAGAGCGUGCUUUCUGACAACGACUCCAUGCGGAAGGAGCGCAUGCAGUCAAUGCUCCUGCCGCCGAAGCCCAUUCUGCCAGCUUUCGCCCCGCCUUCUCGUCCUGCAUCGCCCAAAGUUGUUCUGCGGUCAGAUCAAUCACCGCAGCGGUAUGCAAAUUUGACUGUCAAUACCGACGUGCAGCCUGUACCUGAACCAUCUCCAAGGCAUUCACAAGCUGGCACAAUCUUCGACCUCUCGCCGCCCUCAUCACCGGUCACGCAGCAGCUAAGCACACAGGAUGAGUUUGCUCCAGAAACCGCAUCGGCUCCUGUUGCCUUCGAGCUGCCUCAGCAAGUAGAAACUCCCAUCGAAAGCCUACCUCCUACAGGUCCAGCACCUACGAGCCCUCCUCCUCGACCGAGUCGAUUGCCACAAGUUGGUCGCAUACCUCAAGUCAUAUCGAGUCGCGGUAAGCCUCGUCGACCUUCGUCUCGAUCGUUCUCUCGACCGUUCGCCACCGAUCAGCCUCGUCCAAUCGCCCUCCCACGCACCUCAUUUGACUCGAUUGGCUCGAUGGUAGCUACGGCUAGCCCUGUUGAAUCUUUCCCAAUACUGCAAGGACUUGGUGCCCUCUCUCAUGGAUCGGCCAUUGCGACUAUAAGCCCUUUCUCAGACGAGUCUCGACAAAGCGAGUUCUUCAAGUUUCCACCGCGCAAGGACUCUGAGGUUUCCUACUCAAGCAGCUCAGGCGUUUGGAGUUUCGCUCCUGUCGCUGGUACUGCCGUUAUACCUCCUCCAGAAGCCCCGUUGUCAGAUGAUGAGCUCUGGAAUGAAUACGACGACCUGCUUGAUCAAGUUGUAUCGCCCGGUGGUACAGUCAGAAAGGCUCCGGCACGCAGUCAACACCCUUCCCUCGAGCCAUUGCCUCUUAAAACGAAAACGUCAUGUGUAUCGGUUCUCUCUGGUACCUCGGAAAAGGAAGUCUCAGUGCCUUCGGUGCACAUUCGCCGCUCCCGUUUGCUUGCAGCCCUGUACGCUCAUCAAUCACCUACAUCUUCAAUGGCUCUGUCCGAUGUCAUCAACGAUUACGGUGAUCGUAAGCUCAGUGUUGUCGACUUGACCACUGGUAGAUUGAGCUUGCCUCUCAGCCCCAGCCUGUCAACAGUCUCAGCUCAGAGGCGCUCGGCUCGAACUAGCUUGCCUGUGUCCUUGCCGUUGGUUGAUAGGCAGUCAAAAGCAACCAUCACCUCACGCUCGGACAAGGAACGCAACAGUGCUGCCGUGAGUCGUUACAGAGACACAAGUCUGAUGGAUUUUGCCGAAGCCCAAGCAUUUGGUCAUGCCUCUAUGGCUGACCUCCGCUUCGGUGCCUUGAUGACUAGCAAGUGGCUUUCAUUCGGUCGUGUGCUGUUCAGUCCUGUGCAUUUCCAGCUCAAAAAUGUCAGGGAAGACCGCGUUUUGGUCAUCGACGGAACUGGAAAGGACUGGUCUUUCUACUGCGCGCUUACUUACUCCGAAGCCGCUGUGUACGAUCUCGGGCCUGCUCCGUCGUCCCCUCCCGCCACUGAUAGGAGGUCUGCGCUCGCCAAUCAUCGCCAUAUUCGCCACUCGUCCCUCACCCACCCACUGCCAUAUCCCCAGAACUUCUUCGCCUGUGUUGCCCUCCGCUUUCCGUCAGCACAGACCUCGAGUACUCACAACUUCCUGCUGUCCGAGGCCAAACGAGUACUUCGCCCUGGCGGUUACCUUGAGUUCAGUGUCCUCGACCUCGACCUUGUCAACAUGGGCAAUCGCGCCCGACGCGCUGUGCGUCAGCUAAAGAUGGACAUUCAUCGUGUUGAUGAGAACAUCUCGCUUCGUAACAUCAGCGACGAGAUUAUUGCGGGCCUUGGUCGCAAGCGAUUCGUCGAGUGCAAGUCCUGUGUCGUUGGCGUGCCAGUCGCUGGGAAAUUGCCUACUCUCAGUGAUAUCAACCACCCUAUGAGGAAGAACAGUACGACAAGCUCGCGCAAAAUAGCUGACAGUAACCUCCAACCUUCGGCGGUGCCGAAAUCCGAACCAUCCUUCUCCGAUCUUCUUAGCACCUCAACCCCAUCCGAGUCCACCGACAAAGGGAUUGCCGACAAAGUUGCCCGCGUCGGCCGCUGGUGGUACUCUCGCUGCUACGAAAGCAUCGUGCUGCCUGACGGGGAAGGCCCAGACGCAGCACUGCCGAGCGACAUCCUCAAGAACAGCAUCUGGCGUGACAACGAUCUCAUCAGCGAAUGCGAGGAGCUCGGUACCAGCUUCCGAAUGCUCAUCGGCUAUGCACAAAAGCCUGAGGUUAGCCUCAGGCGCCAUGUUAGUGUUUAGCCUCUUUCUCCU